AUGAAUGAAUUUUAUUUUGAAAAUAAUCAAGAACCAGCUUUAUUAAAAGAAUGGGAACAAAAAGUUGAAGAAUUUGUUAAUAUUCAAUUAAAAAAUGAUAAACGUGUGGUUUUAGUGACGGUUUGGAAGUCUGGUGGUACAGCUGUACCAUUGGAGAGUCAGCCUGUUCGAUUUUUGGAUAAUUUCUCUGCAGGAACAAGAGGAUCUACUAGCACUGAAUAUUUUAUUAAGUUUGGCUACUCUGUUAUUUUUCUAUAUCGACAAUAUAGUUUUCUUCCAUAUUCAAGAUCCUAUUAUUAUGGUAAAGAUGAUUUUUUUGACUAUUUUGAAGAAACACAGGAUUCCAAUGGAAAAAAUGAUUCAGGAUUUAAGACAGUAUCAAGAUGUAAGUUAAAUAUUUAUUUUUCGUUUAUUUUAUUUUUGAAGGCUAAACUAAAUAAUAAACUUUUAAUGGUUCCUUUUUUCACAAUUACUGAAUACUUGUUUUAUCUACGUAUGAUUGCUAUUAAUUUCCGGCCACUUUCAAAAAAUGCUGUUUUUUAUCUUGCUGCUGCUGUAUCAGAUUUUUUUAUUCCCCCUGAGAGGAUCAAUGAUCACAAAAUACAUAGUGAAUUCCCAGAAAAACGUCUUGUAAUUGAAUUUGAUCCAGUGCCUAAAUUUUUGGCGGGACUUGUUGAAAAAUGGGCACCUCACGCUAAUAUUGUGAGCUUCAAAUUGGAAACAGAUACAAAUCUUCUUAUUUCAAGAGCAAGGGCAUCGCUUCAGCGUUAUAGACAUCGAUUAGUUAUUGGUAAUUUGUUAAUGAAGCGCAAGUAUGAAGUUGUUUUCGUUACAGAUACAGAAGAGUCUUGGAUAAGGUUAAGCCAGGCUGAAUCUGAUGAAGGAAUAGAAAUUGAAUCUAAAAUUGUUUCUCGCAUUGUGAAAUUACAUAAUUUUUGGAUUCAACUAUAA